CCUCCGCUCUUUCUCCGCCUUCUAGGACGCUGGUGGAGGGGACUGCCUCUGGGUCACUUCCAGAGGUCUCUGGGAGUGGUCGUCGACUUGGGCCGUGGCCAGCUUGCUCUGGCUGUGUGUCUUAGGGAAGGAGGGACCGACUUCUGAGCCCCGCCCCCUCCCCUAUGCCUGUCACGCACCCAGUACAGGGGAGGGUCGCGUCUGGCAGGCGCACGGUGGUGUGGAUGGCUGGAAUAAAAGUCCCCUCCUCCCUGGCUGGCUGGAGAGAAGGGUUACUGCUAUUCGCGGGACUCGUGGUUCUCAGCUGAUGCGGACAGGGGCAGCCACUGGCCGCCUAAUAGGCACUGGCUGGGGACUUCUCCUACUUGUCCCUGAGCACCCCGAGGUGCAGGGUCAAAGGAGGGCGGAGUCCCAGGCUUGCACGCCGCAGCCACCAGCACCCGCACCGGCUCUAAACCCGGCUCCCUUGAAGCCUGCGCAUUAGCGCCCGAGCCUCUUUAAAGCGCUGGCGGGGGCUGCGGUCACGUGAGGCGAAUUCCUGGAAAGUUCCUGGAAAGCGGCCUCCGCAGCGGCCGGGCGGGGCGCUAGGGGCGGGAGGCGGGGAGCAAAGGAGGCGCGUCGGGCUGGGAAGUCGCGCGCACACUCUGCUCCGGGGACAGACGUUUAACUCUUGCCAAGUCUCGCCGCCUCUGCGGCUCGCGGGCCUUGGGCUCCUCUUGAAGCAUGAGCCUUUCCUCCCGCAGCCGCCGACGCUGCGCGGGUCGCGGACAGUGCGCGCUGGGGCCCCAGGCGCGUGGCCUCAAGAUCCCUUGCGCUCCGAGCCCGGAAGCUUGCGGCAGGCGAUCUGUGGGUGACCGUGUUUGCGAGAGACUUUGCCACACCAUUCUGCCGGAAUUUGGAGAGAACGAUCCAGCUGCUUCCAAUCCCUUCCCCCUCCGCCACCAUUUCGGACACCCCGUACAGACUCGUUUUGGGGUACCCUGUGACUUCCAGGAAGGACUCGAAGUCCUCUGGCCCCAGCUCGGGCGACCACCUGCCUCAGACGUGUUGACUCGUCUCCCAUGACCCUGCGGUGCCUGGAGACCUCCGGGAAUGGCGCGGACAGGACGCGGAGCCAGUGGGGGACCGGGGGAUCGGCCGAGGAGCAGUCCCCAGAGGCGGCGCGGCUGGCCAAGGCCCUGCGCGAGCUCAGUCAAACAGGCUGGUACUGGGGAAACAUGACUGUUAACGAAGCCAAAGAGAAGUUAAAAGAGGCGCCAGAAGGGACUUUUUUGAUUAGAGACAGCUCACACUCGGACUACCUACUAACUAUAUCUGUAAAGACGUCAGCCGGACCGACUAACCUGCGGAUUGAGUACCAGGAUGGGAAAUUCAGGUUGGAUUCUAUCAUAUGCGUCAAGUCCAAGCUAAAGCAGUUUGACAGUGUGGUCCACCUGAUUGACUACUAUGUUCAGAUGUGCAAGGAUAAACGGACAGGCCCGGAAGCCCCUCGGAAUGGGACUGUUCACCUGUACCUGACCAAACCCCUGUACAUGUCAGCACCGACUCUGCAGCACUUCUGCCGGCUCACCAUUAACAAAUGUACCGGAACCAUCUGGGGACUGCCUUUACCAACGAGACUAAAAGAUUACUUGGAAGAAUAUAAAUUCCAGGUAUAAGUAUUUCUCUCUCUCUCUCUCUCUCUCUCUCUCUCUCUCUCUCUCUCUCUCUUUUGAGACAGGGUCUCUCUGUG